AUGGACGCCGCAUGGACAAAGUCCGUCCACGAGGCGCUCACCAUCCUCAGCGUCGACCCCUCCAAGGGUCUCUCGGACGAUGAGGUCGAACAGCGCCGCGCAAAGUACGGCGACAACACGCUGCCCGAGCAGCCGCCCACGCCGCUCUGGGAGCUCAUCCUCGAGCAGUUCAAGGACCAGCUCGUGCUCAUCCUCCUCGCCUCGGCCGUCAUCUCGUUCGCGCUCGCCCUGCUCGAGGAGGACACCACGCUCGGCGCCGCCCUGAUCGAGCCCGGCGUCAUCUUCCUCAUCCUCAUCGCAAACGCAACCGUAGGCGUCGUCCAGGAGCGCAACGCCGACAAGGCCAUCGACGCCCUCAAGGAGUACAGCCCCGACACCGCCACCGUCAUCCGCAACGCCGACACCGACAAGGUGCGCUCCGAGCUCCUCGUCCCCGGCGACAUCCUCAUCCUCACCGUCGGCGACAAGAUCCCCGCAGACUGUCGCCUCAUCGCCAUCAACUCCUCCUCCUUCCGCGUAGACCAGGCCAUCCUUACCGGCGAGUCCAUCUCGGUCAACAAGUCGCUCGACCCCGUCCACGACCCCAACGCCGUCAAGCAGGACCAGACCAACAUCCUCUUCUCCGGCACCACCGUCGCCAACGGCACCGCCCUCGCCGUCGUCGCACUCACCGGCACACGCACCGCCAUCGGCGACAUCCACGCCGAAAUCUCCAAGGACGACGACGAAAAGACGCCGCUCAAGCAGAAGCUCGACGACUUUGGCGAACUCCUCGCCAAGGUCAUCACCGUCAUCUGCAUCCUCGUCUGGAUCGUCAACUUCCGCCACUUCAACGACCCUUCCCACCACGGCUGGGUGCGCGGCGCCAUGUACUACUUCAAGAUCGCCGUCGCACUCGCCGUCGCCGCCAUCCCCGAGGGCCUCGCCGCCGUCAUCACCGCCUGCCUCGCCCUCGGCACCAAAAAGAUGGCAAAGAAGAACGCCAUCGUACGCCACCUCCCCUCCGUAGAGACCCUCGGCUCCACCAACGUCAUCUGCUCCGACAAGACCGGCACCCUCACCACCAACCAGAUGAGCGUCACCCACUUCUCCGUCUUUAGCACCUCUGCCUCCCUCGCAGACUACUCGGUCUCUGGCAGCACCUUUGCCCCCAUUGGCGACAUCUCCGACGCCGACGGCAAGAUCGUCACCGGCCUCAACCAACCCCGCACCGCCUUCCACGCCCUCGCCGAAGUGUCUUCCAUCUGCAACGACUCCCACGUACACCUCGACGACCACGCCAACUACACCAUCGUCGGCCAGCCCACCGAGGCCGCGCUCAAGGUGCUCGUCGAGAAGCUCGGCCACCACGACGCCGCCGUCAACGCCAGCGUCGCCAAGCUCGAUGCGCACGCACGCGCCGGCGCCAUCACCAACGAGUACGGCAAGGCGCAUCCGCGUCUGCUCACCUUUGAGUUCAGCCGCGACCGCAAGAGCAUGUCGACGCUCAUCCAGCGCUCCUCCGCCACCGGCUGCCUGCUCGUCAAGGGCGCGCCCGAGAGCGUCGUCGAGCGCUGCGACUCGGUGCUCAUCGGCAAGAAGGCCCAGUCGCUCGACGCCCGCCUCCGCUCCCAGAUCGGCGACAAGGUGCUCGAGUACGGCCGCCUCGGCCUGCGCACGCUCGCCAUCGCCGUCAAGGAAGACGUGCCGCUCGACGUCGAGUCGUACCGCAGCAGCAGCCCCGCCGAGUACGUGCAGUUUGAGCAAAAGAUGACGCUCGUCGGCCUCGUCGGCAUGCUCGACCCGCCGCGUCCCGAGGUGCGCACCGCCAUCCAGCGCUGCCGCCAGGCGGGCAUCCGCGUCAUCGUCAUCACCGGAGACAACAAGAACACCGCCGAGACCAUCUGCCGCCAGAUCGGCGUCUUUGACGCCACCGAGCCGCUCGACGGCAAGUCGUUCACCGGCCGCGAAUUCGACGCGCUCGCCACGCGCGACGACAAGCUCGCCGCCGUGUCGCGCGCGAGCCUCUUUUCGCGCGUCGAGCCCUCGCACAAGUCGCAGCUCGUCGACCUGCUCCAGAGCCAGGGCCUCGUGGUCGCCAUGACGGGUGACGGCGUCAACGACGCGCCCGCGCUCAAGAAGGCCGACAUUGGUAUUGCCAUGGGUUCGGGAACCGACGUGGCCAAGCUCGCCGCGGACAUGGUGCUGGCCGACGACAACUUUGCCACCAUCGAGGCGGCCGUGCAGGAGGGCCGAUCGAUCUUCAACAACAUGCAGAGCUUCAUUCGCUAUCUGAUCUCGAGCAACAUUGGUGAGGUGGUGUCGAUCUUCCUCACGGUGGUGCUGGGACUGCCCGAGGCGCUGAUCCCCGUGCAGCUGCUGUGGGUCAACCUGGUGACGGAUGGACUGCCGGCGACGGCGCUGGGCUUUAACCCGCCCGCGACGAGCAUCAUGCGCGAGAAGCCGCGCUCGCGCAACGACCCGCUCAUCUCGGGCUGGAUUUUUACGCGCUACCUGCUGGUGGGUGCGUUCGUGGGGGCGGCGACGAUCUUUGGAUAUGCGUGGUGGUUUGUGCUCUACACGGGUGGGCCGCAGAUCUCGUAUGCGCAGCUGUCGCAUUUCCACCAGUGUGCGCUGCCCGCCGCCCAGGCCAAGGGUGGGCUGUUCGAGGGCGUCGACUGCGGUAUCUUUACGGCGUAUAGGCAGCCGGCGACGAUUGCGCUCUCGGUGCUCGUGGUGGUCGAGAUGUUCAAUGCGCUCAAUGCCAUCAGCGAGACCGACUCGCUGCUCACCUUUGGACCCUGGAAGAACCCGUUGCUCAUCGGCGCCAUUGCGUUGUCGCUCGCGCUGCACUAUGCGAUUUGCACCGUGCCGUUCCUCCAGGACUGGUUCCAGGUAACCAGGCUCAAUGUCGAAGAGGUCAAGGCGGUCGUCUGGAUCUCGGCACCCGUGAUUGCGAUCGAAGAGGUGUGCAAGCUCAUCACGCGCCACUUUUUCCUCAACCAACAAAAGCCCGCCACCAAGGACAAGCACGUGUAG